AAAUUGUUUAAUAACAAUUUCAAAGUUCAUAUUUUUAAUGAAAGAUACGAAGGUUUUCUGGUGAAAAAAAAUUGAGUUCCGAAAAGAGUGUUGCCGAAAUCUAAGAUAUUGAAAUGAAAAAUAUUAAAAAAAUAAAUUGUCUCAAAAUGUGUUUUCUUUAUCCAUAUCUAUGAAAUAAAACCUCUAAAUAAGCGACGUGAUUGCAGAAACCUGAAAGGUUAGUACAGUUUUGCUGUUCGCUUUGUAAAACGAUAAAAUUUUUCCAGAAAGAUUCUGCUCAUAUUUGUGUGUUUUAGUGCACUUCUCUUCCACAAGUACUGCAUUUAAGUAAUUGUAUUUUCUCGCACUGAGUUUGUUUUCGAAAAAAGUGGAAAAGAAGUAAAAAAUCAAUUCACUUUUGUAUAUGGCACAAUAAAAGCGUUUGUGUUUGUGUUUAAAUAAAGAAAUUAAGUGCAACUAGUGCUCGAUUGCAACAUUCAGCAUUUGGCGGCGUCAAGCCGAGUUUGGACAUCAGCAACAGCAAAAACAACUUCUCAAUUUAGAUUCAAUAACUUUUCAAAAUAUAAAAAAGUUCAUAUCAAUCGCCCGUUAGCGCCGCUCACGUACUCUCUCAUCUCUCCAUGGCCAUUCGCUGACAUGUACAGGGCUCGUGACUUGGGCUUACUUGAAAAAUGGACUGAUGUUGCUACCACAACUGCCAACAAUUCCUUCCCACCCCUCGCCUCACCCACCUCACCGAAGGCAACAAAAUUCUGCUGCUGUCCGAAUCGACGCCGUUAUACUGUGAAACAAGCGAAAGCGAGAUCCACUUUGGACGCACGGAAUAUUUUCUCGGAUAAUGAUUUUACGUACAUUGACGAUGUGCGGGAACAGCUGGAAAACAAAAAUUACGGUAACAGCAAUAAUACCCAUAGCAGUAGCAGUAGCAAAAGUAGUGUUCGCAGUAGAGGCGUUCGAAACGAUAACAGAAGCAACGAGUGCGCUGAUAGCGUAGCGUUAGUCAGCUUUAAAAUAAAAAACGGUAGGCAACCGGGCAACCAAUUGCAACAAAAGCAACAACACGUCAGCAACUACGUGGACGACUACGACGAUAUAUGUGAUGUUGUCGACAAUGCCGGAAAUUGUAGAAUGCUUUUAUUGAAUGGAACGCACCAACAACAACAAAAACAACACCAUCAAGAGAAACAACACCAGUUGAAACAGAGUUUAGAGUUGACCACAAGUAAAUGCCACAACACAGACCAACGGCUGCAGCAACACCAACAAUGGCGGCAUGAUAACAGCUGUCAUAAUAACAGCAACAACAGCAGUGGCAACAAUUGUAGCAGCAACAGCAAAGCAGCGGCUUGUGACAGUUACAUCUGCGAUAGCGAAAUCUGCACAAAGGCCAUUAGUAACGGUCAGAGCGGUGACUGCAACACGCUGAUUAAAGACGAUUGUCAGCCAGAUGUGGCAACAAUAGCAACAAAAAGUUCAGCAAUAGCAGUAGAUAUCUUAGCAACAAGCAAUAUUGCUUGCAGCAGUUGUGCAGAAGGUGUGAGUAAAAGUGAUAAAGCUGUUGUUUGUGAGAAGCAGCGACAGCAAAAGCAACUGCAACAGUUGGCGUGCAAAUACAACAGCAACAAUCAAAACAGCGAUCAACAAACAAUCCAAAGACUUAGCGAUAGUUUAUAUAACCAUAGCAAUAAUAAUUGUAAGAUACAUCAACAACAACAACACCAGCAACAAAAACACUACGAUACACAGCAACAGCAACAACAAUACCUACAAAGUGCUUGCACUAAAAGCAGCAAGAGUAAAGUUAGCAGUGAGCCACGAACGACCCUUAAUUGCCAACUUGACUCAUCAUCUAGAACAACAACAGCAGCAAACACGACAUCAACAUCAACGAAGGCCGCGCCCGAUUCGAGCCAACUUACGAUUACACAGCAGAAAGAAAAUCAAUAUAACAACAACAGCAGUGCGAACGCCAACGAUAGCGAGAGCGACAACAAUAACAAAGGAAUUGAUUUGCUGAAUAAAAUGACAAUAACCACAACGAAUGCGGCGAGUCGUAAACAUUCGCGUCUCGAGUGUGGGUUGACACUUACAGACACACCAGCACCAACAACAGCUCCAACCGGAGAAUCGGGAAUUAACGCGACCACAACGGCAACGGCAACAGCAACGGAAAUUGCGCCCAACGGUGCGAACAGAACAACGACAAGCAUGGCUGGCAGUACAACAGCGACGGCAUCAGCUAACGCGUCCGCAGCCGCAUCAAAUCAAAGUGUAACAACAGUGACAGCGACAGCAUCAACAACAACAAACGCAAGCACACCAUUUCCACGACCAGACGCAGGCGCAGCAGUGCAAUUAAGAAAUACUGCCGCAUCACCUACACCAGCCACGUCGCGCCCAUCAACGCCCUCCCUAACAACUGUGAUCAAAACCACUCUGGUAAAGCGUACUCCCUCGACAGAAUCCUCCGCGUCAUCGAAAACACCUUCGCCCGUGACUACACCAACAGCGAUCACGAAAACUAUUGUGACUGCGACAGUGACGGCGCGCGCCUACAGUGCGUCGAGAGCGGAAGGCGGUGGUUGCGAUGCAGAAUGUGAUGAGCAGGAAGCUCAAAUGACGGCGAUGCCAUCACGAACAUCCGUCAAACAACGUAUAGCAGCAUUUGCUUCUGGAAAUGAGCAACAAAUGCGAAAUCAUGACAACUCCAUUAAGUCACUGAAUAAAAAAAGUAACAAAAACAUGACAACAGCAGCAACAAUAACGAGCAAUGAAUCAAAAGCGAAUGCAAUUAAUAGCGAACAUAAAAGAGUGGCGGCAGCAACUGUUGCUCUUAUCAGCAGCAAUAAAUGUACGAACGAUGGAAGAACGGAAGCUGCCACAACGACAGCCAAAGUGACAGCGACAACAGCGGCUGUGGUUGCUGUUCCAUCACCAUCAGUGUCGACGGCUGACACAGAAAGUGCAGCAACAACAACACCUGCCCGAAGAACCGCCAGCGCAAGUCCGGCCCGUAGCACCGGUUAUGCAACUAUGCCUCGUCGUAGCAGCAGCAAUAGCUUUGGUAUCAGUGCGAAAUGCGGAAGUGGCAGCGGUAGCGGCUUAGGCGGCAGCAAUGGCAACACAACAACAACCUUGACAGCUGAUAACACCACGGCGACGAACGAUGCGGUGGCAGACAACUGCCGCAAAUUGGCCGCCACUCUGGAUAAUCUCGACUUGGCUGUGGUACGCGACCUGACCGAUGACGAUGGUGAGGACUCAUAUGCGGCAUUUCAGGAGUAUUUGGAGCGUGUGGAGCACGAAAUCAACGAAGUAUUCGAGGAGCGUCGCGCACGACAACGCGCACAACAACAACUAGGACAACAACAGCAAAAGAGAAACACUGUUAAUAAGCCGCUCAACUGCUGCUCUAACGAUGCUCCAGUUACAAACAUCAACAGCGGUAAUAGAUUAUCCCACUGCGACACGGUUGACGCACCAACAGCUGGACCAGCAUCAGUUCCCAACAACAUGUCGGAAAUUGCUUGUCAACAACAAGCAACAAGUGUGAGUGCGAAUAAUGUCAACAAACUGCCGCGCUUCUGUCGCACCACCACAGAGCUCAAAGCUUUGCCGCCACCACCGCUCAGUCCCAUCAGCGGCAUAGCGCAGUUGAAAGCCAAUAGCAAUCAAGCAGUUGAUGAUUGUGCCGUAGCAGCGCAGACCCAAGAAGAUGUGAAUAUUUGGGCAAAUAAAUUUUUACGUGAUUUGGAUAAUUUAAUGUCAUCGAAUCGUCCACUUUCGCUAAGUGCUUGCUCAUCACCAACGUCCAAGAACUCACCACAACUACUCUCCGCCGCCGCUACGGCAGCCAUACAAAGUCGAUAUGGUCGUUGUGCCGCUGAGCGGGUAGAUCAAUGCUCGGCAAAUGGUGAUUUGGUGGUGCUGAAGCCUGAGAAACAUGCAACCAUUCCGCUGCAAUCGUUUAACCUUGAUUGUGGACGCCUCGAUAAUAGCAUAAAUGCUGACAACGACAAUAGCAACAAUAGCAAUAAAAAUUCUGCUGGCAACAGCAGCAAUUGUAUGCCGACCAAGGCGAGUGUUGCCUAUAUGCGCACUUUAUCGGCACCAACACCAUACUACCAGCAACAACAACAGCCGCAACAACAACAACAACAACAGCAACUGUUGCAUGAACUUGUCAGCGACAAAACGCAUUCGGCCUACAAUGGCGACAAAGGCCGAGGCAACCGCAAGAGUUUAGCAACAUUUAAUGCAGCAAGCGGCGAGCAGCAUCAUCAACAUUAUCAUAAUCUGACAAAUUUACAAUGCGACAACGAUGAGCAGCCGACAAGUGCACCAACAGCAACAACGACAACAACAAGAACAACAACAGCUACAGCGACGACAAUAUUGAAAAUCGAGGAGACAGCACCAGUAGCAAUGCGGCAUGCAGCUGUGACGUCGACAACAGCAAGUGGUCAUCGUCCACGUGCAGCAGCAGUAACAGUAGCAGCAGCAAUGACAACAUUAAACGGCGUAGCCGCCGCCCAACAAGAAACCGAUGAGGAAUCACUUAAAAAUAGGCGACAGCGUCAAUUGGAAAACGACAUGGAAACAAUGCGCCACAACGCGGCAGCAACAAACUGGACACAUAGAGAAAGCCACAACCAAAGUCAGAGUCAGAGUCAGAGUCCGGGCCGAAGUCAACUCUACAUGCAACAGCAACAGCUGGUCGACGGUGAUAAAGGCCUUAGCUCCGGCGGUAGUCAUAUAAAUGGUAGCAGUGGUUUGGCGGCUAUGUUGGCAAUACCAAAACGGGAGCGCAUUAAUCAUGCGACAAUGACAACACCACCAACAUCAGCCGCAACUACGAUGACAACAAAACUAGGCAACACCGUGCUAUUGCCUUCUACAUUGCUGACCUCAUCAUCAGCGUCAGUGGCAUCAAAGAGUAAUGGCGGUAGUAGCGCAACGGCAUCUUUGUUGUUGAACGGCAGUGACGUGACCAAAAAAGGAUCCACCUCAACAAUCUGGACAUCUGAGGAGUCAAUAUUGCGGAGUGUUGGCGCCGUCGAUGAAGACAAUAAUUCCACUUCAUCCUCGGCAUGCGAAGAGGCCUCUGGCGUUCUGAGCUCCGGCAAGUCGGGCAUUUCACUCGACUCCUCUGGCCUCGAUAAUGACAACAAUGAAAGUGGCAUUGGCACGGCAACGCCACCGAAGGAUAUCUCUUACUGGAAGUCACAACAGAAUGACAACGAAUCGAUUAGCAGUUUAGAUGCGUUGCGUAAAAUGAAAUUCCAGAAAAGUAGUUCAGUAGCCUCCUCCGACGAUCCAGACCUUUUGGAAGUACUCAGUUUGUGCGAUGAGCCGCAUGGCGUCGAUGAAGACAUUGCCUUGAAUGGCGGCGAUGAGUCACAUGAUGACAACAAUGACGAUCAACCACAACAACACCAUCAACGGCAACCACAUCAACGACCACCAACAGGCGGCAUAGCAGCUGACAAGCUAAAAAUCAGCAAGCUUCUGCAUUUACAACAACAGCAACUGUUACGCGCCGCACGUCAACGUCAUCGUCAGCCUGCAGAGCAUGCACAUCAACGCACGCGACAAGAUGACAACGAUAAUGUGGACUGCAAUGAUGUGCUCGAGUUGACGGCCACCGAAGCCGCCGAUGAUGGCGUCGUAGAUGUCGCGGACUUAGCCGACGAAUAUGAUGAGGGCCAUGAUGAGUUCGAGGUGGGUCCAUAUUGCGAUUGCGAAUGCAAUGAUGGCGACGCAAGUAGUGCCAGCGGCAGCGCUGGUGGCGGCAGCCGUAGUGGUUCUACAUCGGCAAACGACACACUAAGUAGUAAUAGUGUAGUGCUACGGCGCAAGCUUAGCGCUGCUACCACACCAAUUAUGAUGCCCUAUGCCGGCGGUGCGGCAAGCGGUGGUGGUCGUGCACAGAAAUGUCGCAGCCACUCGUUGGACACAUCCUCAAUGCCAGCCGUCUACUAUCAAUACUCACCACUGCAACAUCAACAUACACAGCAACAUCAUCCGCUGACGCGUAAAUUACAUCAACAUCUGCAUGGACGUGGGCAUGGACGAGAACGUGGUCAGCUCUCGCUGGCAUUACGUCAAGAACCGUUCCAGUGCUUGCUCUCGCCGUCGAACUUUGCAGACUUGCCCUCGCCGAGCAGCGCAUCACUGCACAGUGGACACGAAAGUCUGGGCAUACAAGAGCUAACCACCAAAUCGAACUCGGCACCAUUGCUGUUGAAGCAGGAGAAGACUCGACGUGAUGAUUUUGCCGGUCAAAAGUUGACGCUGCGCUAUUCACGGUCGCAAAGUGAUCGCUACUUAGCAGAGAUUGAGGCCGUUGAAGCGUGUAAAUGGCUGCGCGCUGCCGGCUUUCCACAAUAUGCGCAAAUGUAUGAAGAUCACCAGUUUCCCCUCGAUCUGACAAAUGUGGCCAAGGAUCACACCAAUCUAGAGAAUGAUCAAUUGCAGUCCCUCUACCGUCGUUUGUGCAUUUUAAAUCGCUGUGCCAAUAUGCGGCUCGAUCAAUCACAUAAGGCUCAAACGCCGCAGGUUUGUCAACUUCCCCUCUCUAAAUUAUCCCUUACAGUACAACAAAUCAUCAACUCACUCACCUACGAUUCAUCUCAGCAGAAGGAGGACUCCGAUGAUGAGAAUUGUGCACUAAGUGAGAAUUGGACAUUCCAACCUCAUAUACGUCGUUGGUCGCGCAUCGGGGAAAUGGGUCUUGAGCUGCCACCAGCUGGUAAGUUGAAUAUUGAGAAGACGGAAAGCUCGUCGAAGGAAUCCAGUCCGGAUCGUUUUGAAGAUGAUAAUUACGACGUAAGUGGUGAAGGCGGUGGGGGUGGACUCUCGCUCACACUACCCGGUAACUCCACAGACUCCACCCUAAACGAUACGGCCGACUCGUCUGCAGUACGUUUACGUCGCACAGGCAGUGAGCGCUUCAAGGAUGGUGCCAAAGCAUUCCUGCGCCGCGUUGAGUCGAUCAAGUCACGUCGACGAAAGCGACAAAACCGUGAAGGUAUUGUUAUAAGUGGGCCACAGGCCUUGGAUUUGUCACAACUUGGUCAACGUGGUAGUUUGCGGAAGCCCGAUGCCGUUUACUCCACACCACCUUCACCGUCAGCAGUCAGCCCGAUGCAUACAUUCCCGAAGGGUCCGAUGUUCGGCAAUGAACUAAAAGUACCAUCACAAAGUGAAACCUUCCUUAGUCCAAAUCGUGCUAGUCCCAAACGUACACCAACCACCCCGCGUUCGAUGCGUGCCAGUCCAUUGCAUUUCUUCUCCAAUCCGAUGCCACAUUUGAAGGAGGGCAAGUCAGAUGACUCCUCUUCAUAUUACAGUGACAGCCAAGAGUCAUCAGCGGGUGGCAAAUUGACACUGCGCAAGCCAUCAAAGACGCGCAGAUUCUUGCAACGCACGGGCAAAGUUGAUGAUAUAGGCGCGCACUCCGACUCGGAGUGUCAUCAUGGCAGAAAAUUGUUGAUCAAGGACGCAAACUCGAAUACAACUGAGAUCAAAGUCAAAAAGCUGACGCGCGGCGGCUCACUCAAUCUUGGGAAAGAUCCCAAAAAAAGGGAAGGUUUCCGGUCAGCGAGUUUCCGUUCGCGGUCCACUUCGCGCAAGGAAACCAAAACUGAAGAAACAGAAAAUGUCAAACGCAGUGCGCCCGUCGUGCGAUGGCAUAGCUUUCAAAUGGAAGAACGCCCACAUAUGAUCUUCCGCAAGUGUUUCUCUCAAAAGGUGGACUCGCAUCAAAAAGAUAAUGGCAUUCCAUUCGCCGCUAUGUCGGCAGGUCAGCUACACAUUCUGCGCAAGCUCGCAUUGGUCAUACUCACAGGCUAUAUGGAGCGCUAUUGCCCAACACAUCGUUCCGGCUGGAAUUGGGAGCUACCCAAAUUCAUUAAGAAAAUCAAAAUGCCCGACUACAAAGACAAGAAAGUAUUCGGUGUGCCCCUGCUUUUGGUACUACAGCGCACCGGGCAGACAAUGCCUAUUGUGAUUCGUGCCGCCUUCCGUUGGCUACAAGUGCGAGCACUUGAUCAGAUCGGUCUCUUCCGUAAGAGUGGCGUCAAGUCGCGUAUAAUUAAACUGAAGUCGGAGGUGGAGCAACUAGAUUCAACAGCGCUCUGCAUGGAAGUAUACGAUACGCAGCAAGCCUACGAUGUUGCCGAUAUGUUGAAACAGUAUUUCCGCGAUCUGCCCGAGUCACUAUUGACGACAAAGAUGUCCGAGACGUUUGCGGCGAUCUUUCAGCACCUUCCAAAGGAUGUACGUUUGGAAGCGGUACAAAGCGCUGUCCUCUUGCUACCCGAUGAAAAUCGUGAAAUCCUCUACGCACUACUUGAGUUCUUGACGCUAGUCGCAGCCAAUGCGGAGCAAAAUCAAAUGACUGCCAACAAUUUGGCCGUCUGUCUGGCGCCGUCUCUAUUUCACAGCAGCAUUUCCACUGGUGCCGCCUCGGUUUCAGCUUCGCCACGUCGACGCAAAGGCGCUGGUGUGCCCGACGAUAAAGAGCUUCAAGAGGCGAAAGCAUCACACGAGUGCCUCUCGUUCAUGAUUGAGAACUACAAGCAAAUAUUUACGGCGAGCAAGGAGAAGAUUAGCAAAUGCAAUUUCGGUUAUAUGGAAGAGUCAAAACCAGUACCUUUGGAGGCACUUGGCAUGCAAUUCCAUAACUGGCGUGGUUAUCUGUAUGAAUGUACCAAAGCGACCAUCAAAGAAGGCAGAGAGAAAACACGUGGCUGGUUCACAAUAUCUUCACAAAACGAUAGUAACGUAGAUAUUGCUUACAAGAAGGUCGGCGAUGGUCAUCCAUUACGGUUAUGGCGCUGCACCACCGAAGUCGAAGGCCCACCGAAGGAGGUCCUAGACUAUAUCAUCAAACAGCGCGCCUCGUGGGACUCGAACUUACUGGAAAGCCAAACUGUUAAGAAACUGGAUGAGAGUACUGAAAUAUUCCAAUACGCCAUAGACGGGCAAUUCACAACAGAUUUUUGUGUAUUGCGCUCUUGGCAAACUACAAACCUGCCGCGAGGUGCCUGUGUCAUUGUAGAGACCUCAAUAGAUGAUUCCAAGGCUAAGCCGAUGUUUGGCGCUAUUCGAGGCGUCGUGUUAGCUUCGCGCUAUUUGAUCGAACCAUGCGGUAGUGGUCGUUCACGCGUGAUGCAUUUAACGCGGGUGGAUGUGAAGGGUCGCACUCCCGAAUGGUAUAACAAGAGUUAUGGUCAGAUUUGUUCGCUAUAUUUAUCCAAAAUACGCUUGGCAUUCAAACAUGUUGCUGAAGGACCUGAAAGUAAGGUCUAAUUAAAUUUUACAUAUCGAAUAAACAAUAUAUGAGAAUUGAAAAACAAUAAACAAAAAAACCGAAAUCCGAACAUAACCGAAAAACCACUAGACAUCACAAAGCAACUGAUUUUAAAAAUACACUUUUACCGUUUUGAAUGUCGCAAAUCUCCAAAUGGCAUUUACGUGUGCACUUUUUACAAUUUUUAAGUGUAGCGAAACACAAAACAGAAACAACAACACAAAAGUAUAAUUAAAAAAUAUAUAUAAUAUUUUGGUAAAAAUAUUCAAAAUAUUCAUGCACAAAAAUGUAUGAAGUUCAAAAAGGAAAUCUGGAAAAAUGGCUAGAUAUAAAAUAACAUGGAAAUAAACUUUUAUAGAAAUGAAAUAUGAAAGAAGUGCUUGAUUAGAUAAGGAAUACCAAAUACAUUUGCAUUUGUAUACACACAGGCUUCGAGUAAUAAGAAGACAAUUCAGCACACUUCAAAUGAAGUGGUCGGAAAGCGCUCAAAACGGUUGGGAGAGUUUUUCUAUGUAUUAAAAAGAGAAAAAGAAAAACAAUUGAAAAUCUUUGAUUAAUUAUCCUUAGCGUAUAAAAAGAUCAAAAACAUAUAUUAUUUGUAUAUACCAAGAUUUAAUAUUAAGGAAGAUGUUUAUAUUUUUCCAAAUUGACAGUAUGCAAUAUUUUUUCGUAGUCUUUAAAUAAAAGGAUGAAUUAAAGUAAAAUAAUUGUAAAUAGUUAAUAAAAGUAUUUAAAAGCCAUAGAUAUUAAUUCAACUCGUAUAUAGUGUGUAUUUAAAAAAUGAAAAAAAAUGUAAAAUAUUAUAAGCGGACUAUAUGGAAAUGUAUGUAUGUUAGCUGCCUAACAAAUGAUAAUACUCAAAACUGAAGCAUCACAAAAAUUAAUUUUUUACCGAAAAUAUUUCAUUAAUUUUCUUAAAUGGAAUCUAACUAACUAAGUACUAAUGCUUAGAGUUACAAAUAUUCAAAUAUAAAUUGUACAUUUAUUCUACUAAAAGUAAAUGUAACAACACAUUUGAAAAAGAUAAUAAUCAAGUGAAAGUUAAAUUAAGCAAGCGAAUGUGAGAAGAAGUUAAAUCAGUAACAAAAAUUGAUUUAAAGCGAAGCGAAAUCAAACAAAAUUUGCUUGUGUUGUAUAGAAGUGAAAUGAGGGAGUAAAAAAUAAAAUAGAAGCAAGAAAAAUUCAAUAUAAACUAAAGAUAACAAUAAUGUGUAAUGUGGAAAUGGAUCCAACUAGUCAAAUUGUUUAAAUUUAAGCCUUAACCCGUGAACUGUGUAUGAAACCAGAUUGUCAACAGAUUGAGCGAAAGAGUUGCAUAAAGAGGAAGUGCGGUGAGAAAGUGACAAAAUUAAUUUAAUUGCAAUUAUAUAUUCAGCAAAUAUUUGUAAAUUACUAAUCCUAAUAUUUAAUUGCCCAAAAUAUCAACUCGAUGUUUGUAUGUAUUAUGUACAAUGUGAGUAAGCAUAUAUAUAUUUACAUAGAUAUGACGGUUGAAGGAAGCAAAUGGAGCACAAUUUAGCAUUUAUAUGUACAAUAAUGUAUAAGUAGACUACAUGUAAUGGAUGAUGUGUAGGUCUGGAGAAAUAUGAAACAUGUACAUGUCAUUAAACUGUGUUUACUCAAAUGUCGUGUCUUUGUUGCUCUUUAAGAAAUAAAUUAUAAAAAUGAAAGAUAUAUACAACAACAAAAAAUUUUGUUUUC